GCUGUGCCUCGGCACCGUCCCUCUCCCACGACCGACGCUUUCGUGAGAACCGCCGCGCACCUCGAUGGCCGAGUCUCCCGACUGAUCGGGACACUCGAGUUAUAGUUUCUCAGAGACGUAACUAGUAGCAUUGCAACGAUGUCUGUCUCGACGGUUUUGGCAAAGGCACUGUUCGACAACACGGCAGAGAGCCCGGAGGAGCUCGCUUUCCGGAAGGGCGACAUCCUGAUGGUGCUCGAGCAGGAGCAGGGCGGCGGGCCGGGCUGGUGGCUCUGCUCCCUGCACGGCAGGCAGGGCAUCGCCCCGGCCAACCGCCUCCGGCUCCUCCAGACCGCCCCGCCCCCCGGCUCGGACCCCCGCCACGGCUCGGGCGAAGACUCCGUUUACCUCUCGCCCGGUCCCCCGCUGUCCCGAACCGCCAUCAGCGGCAGCACGGACGACAUCGACGGAGUGUAUCGCUCCCCGCCGGUCGCCGGCGAGGGACGGGGAAGCGGGGGCGCCGCGAGGCCCGGCGAGCUGCGCAGAGCCGAGGGCGGGCGCCCGCGCUCGCACUCUAGUUCUGGCACCCGGCCCAGACCCGACUGGGAUAUUGCUGUGGCCGGCCGUCCGCGGUCACCCUCCCUGAGGGGACGGGGCACGGAAGCGACGGGGACAGUUUAUCAGACUCCGGUGAGCCCCAUGCCGUCAGCGGGUCAGCAUGCCAGGCAGCCCGGAGUUUUUAUGGCAUCGGAGGCUGUGUACCUUUCUCCCAGUGGAGUGCCAAGGGCAGCUGAUGAAGCAGAGGACGACACUACAUAUCUUAUUCCUAGAGAAACACUAACAACCGGACACUCGGAUGACUGUUACUUAGUGCCCAAAGGUACACCGCUGGCAAGUGAUGAUGUUUACCAAUCCCCAACAGGAGGAGUUGCGGCCAACGCUUUCUGCUCAAAUGGCCCCUCUGUGAUAAGUGGGACUCCUAGUACCCCCCAGUCUAAAGUGUGUCAGGAUACACCCGGGGUGUACCAAACACCCACGGCCGUGGUAGCAAGCCUUCCCAGGACGCAAGCAACGGUCCUGGCCCACCACCACCCGUCUCAGUUAUCCCCUGCUCAAGCAUCUCCUCGACCCCUGAUGAAAGGCGCUCCGUCUAACCCCGCCGUCGCCAGGGGGAAACCAGGGCUGGCCUCUCACCGGGGGUCUCCCUUGCUGAUCAGAGCGGGGCAGGUCAGGGCUCCCGGUUCACCAAAUUUCGUCCGCAAACCUCCACCGCCGGCGCCACCAGUGAGGGGCGUCACCAGGAAAGAUGCACAAGCAUCAUCAUCAUCAUCCGACUCGAACCGCGUCGCCAAACCCAGCGCUCAGGUGACUUCCGCAAACCAGCAUCAGGAAGGUGACAAACAGAGGGGAACCCCCCAGGGUAAGGAGGACGGGAUGAGUAAUGGCCUGGAGAAAAGCAGCAAUGGACAGAACAAAAAGGGAGAAAGUCAGGAUUACGUAGAACCAGUGGAUGACCAGGUGUAUGAUACUCCUCCCAGUGGCAGGUGGCAGCAUCCUCUUCCAUCUGCUCUCGGGAAUGAUGAUAGCAUCUACGACACCCCUCGCUGUGUCCCACCACAAGCUGACUCCGAGUCAGAGGUCUACGAUGUCCCAAGCAGUCUGAACAUGUCUGCUUCAGAUGUCCAGCCUGAUGAAGUUGAUGAGGAGGUCUACAGUGUCCCUACUCUCCCAGGAGUUCCUCUGGGACCGGGAGAGUCCACCAGCAGCCUCUCCAAGGAGGAAGCCUCUCAGAUCGGACAGGUCUGCUACGUCCCCGGAUCUGAGAAGAGGUCCAGCAGCGGCGAUCGCGGCCACGACUCGCCUGACUGCGGCAUCUACGACAUGCCGGCUCUGACCAUCGAAAUCCUUCCCCAUUCCUCGUCGUCCUCCUCCACCUCCACUCGCCGCCUCUCCGUUUCCAGCAACGGCUCCGGCGACGUGCAGUGGCGAGCCUCGCUCUCCAGCCUCGUCCACUCGGUGCUGAGCGCGGCCUCCUGCUCGGCCUCGGCUCUGUCCUCGCGGGACCUGGCUACCUCGUUGGCUGAGAUACUGUCCACCUGGAAGGCCAGCCAUUCGGGCGAUCCUCCGCCGCCUCUCCAGCAGGCCUGGGCGCGCCUGUCGGACCUGCUGCCGGCGUUGUCCGCCAUCGGCAACGCUCCUCCGUCCGAGGGGCUUUUGACGCUGGUCCAGCGCUCUCUCGAGGAAAGCGCCCUCCUCUUGCAGGCUCAGGGUCGGCCUCGUCUACCUUCCCAAGAGUCCCUGUCGCGCAGGCCCUUGCCGGCGCUCCCGGUGCCCGACGGGAAGUCGUCUGGUGGCGGGAUGGGCUCCCGGAAGGGCAGCUGGAUCCAGGAGAGGCCUCUUCCCCCUACCCCUCAGCCUGCAUUCCCCCUGACCUCCACUCCGUCCACCGUGACUGUCACGGUGGGCCCUGUCAAUGGAGAAGACGACCCCAGCAAUGAGUACGCCGGGAUCGGCCUGACUCCGAUCCCCGUCCCGGUGCCGACCGGAGACAGUGUCGGAUAUGUGAAGCUGCAGGGUAAACCUGAGCCACUUCCUGAGGGCUUCACUGAGAACGGACAGACACAUUGUAUCACUGCGGAGCCGAGGUUAACUCCAUCCCCUCCUCUGCCCGUGGCGCUCUCCCUCGAAGACUCGGAGCUGCUCUCCUUUUACUCAUCUCAGAGCCUGGCCCACCUCUCCUGCCUGGGAGAUGCCAUCGAUGUGCUCUACACCAGCGUGCAGGGCAACCAGCCGCCUCGCAUCUUCGUCGCCAGGGGAAAGAGCCUCAUUGUGACGGCGCACAAGCUGGUGUUCAUCGGCGAUACGCUCUCCCGUCUUCUCACGUCUGCUGACCUCCGGGCCAAAAUCACCACCUCAGGAGGCCGACUCUGCCAGUCCUUGAAGGCGGUCGUCGUGGCAACAAAGGGAGCCGCCCAAAACUACCCGUCAGUAUCUGCCACUCAGGAGAUGGUGGACCGCGUGGCCGAGCUCUCCCAGCAAGCAGCCGGCUUCUCCACCCUGCUUCAGCGUCUCGCGGGAAUAUCUUCAUGAUAUUCAUGCGCUACAAACUUUUGCCUACACUACACAUAUAUUUUCUCUCUUUGAAAUGCCUUAUUUGUGGUUACACCCUUUCGUUGCCCUACAUUUGAAUAGGAUCGAAGCAGGCAAAGCGUUCAGCCUCACUGCAGCUGUUACUAUGCUGGGUUUAGACUGUGUGCGUCGGCCUGCCUUUGUUUAUAUACCGACUUCUGUGCUUUGAUGCCUGACACACUUUUUUCUUUUUUCUUUUUUUUUACAUGUUAAGUUAUUGAAUAUUUGAAGCCCCUCCGUGGUUUUGAGUGUCCGUGCGGGCCGCUUAUUUUAGGAGCUUUGCUUUCAUAUGCUUGCCAUAUUUUUUCCCCUCACAUGAUAGCCAUUCUCCUUCCUUCCUCUAUUUAUUUAGCCGCCCCCACCCCCCUCCCCCCCACUCCAGAAAUAGAGCAGAAGGACGCCUUACAUCCUGGUUCUGGCCCACUUUUUACUGUGAUACCUGAAAGGCCUUUUGUGAUUAUUAUUCUGAAGCAGGAUGGAGCAGCAUGUGGCGAGUUUUGAACUCACGGCAGAAAUAGGGGGUGUGGAGAACUGUAGGAAGUCCCCCCCCCCCCUCAACCUCCGUUCUUGAUGUGUGCAAGUGUGUGUUGUUUUUUUGUGUAGUUUUCCCAUUUCCACUAGAAAUGACUAGCAAAGAACACCCGCUGUACGGUCUGUAACUCAAAACGCAUUCUUUAUACGGUCUGAUACAUGAAGGAAAAACAAAAGUCCUUUCACAGGGACGACUGGGAGUGAAUGAUGAUCAAUGGGUGAGAAAUUGGCUAAUCCUGUUCUUUCCCACAGUCGUGUAAAACCUGUCGACCCAGCUCACCUGUCUCCGCACAUCUUGUUACGACCUGCAUCGUAACUUUUCUUUUGUUUGCUCUUCAUCCACAUUUAUAUCUACGUACAACCUCGCUGCGGUUGUAACUAACAUACGCAAUAUUAACCAUGUUGCCAUUCACUAGUAAAAAAACAAACUGGAGAAUAUUGCAUUUUAGUUUCAUCCACCCAUUCACACUAUCCAUCUCACACGAACACUCGUGUAAUAAUCUCUGACCUCUACCCAUUUUCACGUAGUUGUCGACGGGUAGCAUGUUGCUCCGUGCACAAACGGCUCAUAAGUUGUUAAGUUUAAUUGUGGCAUAUAGUUAAACUGAAAGUUCAAAAUAAUACACUACAUCUUUGUGUAAGCGCGUGGCCAGCUUCGUCCUGGGGGAACGGGUUAGAAUGUAAGUGUUGGAUCUAUCGUUUGUAUUGUCAAUCAUUUUGCUUUAACUUUUUGGAUUUUUGUGUUUUUAUUUUUCCGACUCAGAUCAGUGUAAUCAUGGCAUUUCAUAAUCGGUUCCUUAUGUGUGUGGUUCAGUUGUUUUUUUUUUUUGGAGGUAAUCUGUAGCUUUCUGCUUUAACAUUUUCUUUGCUGCAGGGCCACCUUGUGGAGGUUUGAAGUAUUACUUAAUGAGUACCCGCCUGCCCAAACAGGCUCUGUGUAUGUAAGAGUGCCUGAUCGGCAAGUAACCUUUAGAUAUAUAUUUAUUAUUGUCAAUGUUUAUGUUGUUUGCUUUCCCUUUUGCAUGGCUUUAAUUUGCUUAAAUUUUUAUAUAUGCACAUCCUUCACAUGCGUGAUUCGAAAUGAACAAAGGCUGUGUUUUAUUUUGUACAGGGAUUUUUUUCUACAAUGAGCGAGCUCAUGAGAGUCCGUUAUCCAUAUAUGCUGACAAAUAGAAGUGGAUCCUGGACUUUUCUCUUCAGUAAUAACAGACCUAACCCCUCUUGUUACUUUGAACACUACAUUUGAUGUCGGUCUUGUGUUCCCAUUCAAAAUGCACAAAUACAUCUUUUGCAAUUAA